AUGGCUGCUUCCUUGGUUAGGUGGUUAAGGGGGCUGUAUGUUUUAUUCUUCACAUGUCUCAUCUCUGCUUCUGCUUUUCUAAAUUUGGAGGAAUUAAAUGAGAUGAAAUAUGGGAUUCAAAUUCUGCCCGACCCUGUUAUUAUGGGGCAGGUGGAAGAUGUGAUGUUGGUCUCCAACAAGUACAAGCAGCUGUAUGAGUGCCGCUUGCCUGCGCAGGCUGUGAGGUUCCACCAGGAUCCAGUUCCUGAACCGGACUCUCAGGGCUACAGCGGCCCUAGCAUUCCUGAGCUCCUGAAGCCCAUGCGGACUGCACCCUGCUUGAUUAAGACUAAAGACUGGUGGACCUAUGAGUUCUGCUAUGGUCAGCAUAUUAGACAGUACCACCUGGAAGAUUCUGAGAUUAAGGGUGAUGUGCUUUUUCUUGGUAAUUAUGAGUCUGAAUUUGACUGGGCCAAUGAAACAGCUAAGGCCACCAAGCAGCACAAGCUGAAGAGGUUUCAUAGCCAGUCAUAUGUCAAUGGUUCCAAGUGUGACCUGAACGGAAGUCCUAGAGAAUCAGAAGUCAGGUUUGUGUGUGAGGAAGGUUCCAGCGAUUAUAUAGUCCGUGUGGACGAGCCUCAGUCCUGUCGCUAUGUUCUCACCGUGCACACCUCACGUACAUGCCAACACCCUCUCCUGCGCCCACCCACUUCUGCUAAGCCCCAGGGCAUCGUGUGUCAGCCUGCUCUCAGUGCUCAGCAGUACAUGGACUAUGUCAAAGCUCAAGUCUCUGACACCAAACGAAAAGUGGAGCAAAUCUCAGAGGAGCUCAGGAGCCUGGACGAAAUUUUGUCUGAAAAGAAAAGCGACAGUACAGAAAAUGAUGAUAAAAUAGUGGAGGAGCCUGUAGCACCCGCUGAUGACCAUGCUCCAGAGGGCGAUGAUAAAAAUGCUAUAGUUGAAGAUGGUGAGUCAGUAAGUGAAGAGUUAGGAGAUCAAGAUUUCUGGGAUGGCGUCACCAAACCAGACAGUACACAAUCACAGAACCCUGAGCUACAAGAGUCUGACGAUGCACAAGAUAGCCAGUCUGAUGAUAAUGAUGUAUUUGGUGAUGGAAACUUUAAUUUUAAAAUCAUUACUGACCCUGUAGACCUGAUGAAGUUUGUGCAGCAUCUCCGGGAAAGCAACAGAAAGAAUAAGGAUGGAGAUCUUAAAAACAAGAAGGAACAGUCUUCUCCAUCGACGAGAGACACAGAGAUAGAAAAGAAGCAGCAAAAAGAAAGGAGUGAAGGGGAUGGAGAUGAAGAGGAACAACUGCUUCAGGAGUUUGAAGAGGAAAUAACUGAUGUUUCUGUUCCCUCCUCCAAAAUCGAGGAAAUUAAAGAAGAGCUGCACAAAGAGUUUGACAACAUCAUAGAAGAGGCACAGCAGGAGUUGGAGACUGAAGGUCUUAAGGGGGAAUUUGAUCGCUCUCAGGCAACUCAGACUCUAGAAACCACUUUAGAAAAACUGCUGGAUCGUCUUGAGGAUAAGACAGGACGGGACACAGAGUCAGACUCAGGAACACAUACAGACCAGCACAAAAAUGCUCAAAGCCCCCCUGAGAGGAAGACCGGCUCAGCUCCUGAAGGCACCAGUAACAUUCCCAAAACCCCAGCGCGGGAACUUGGCAGUGAUGAGCAGGUAAAGAUCAGGGUGACUAAGUAUAAAUUGGGUGGAGACGUGGCUGCAGGAGAAGUUGCUGGUGGUGAGGGUGGUGUGAAGGUGCAAGAACUAGGCGAAAGUGACCCCCAGUGGCAGCAGAUUCAGGAUGUGGUCAAAGAACAGCUAGAAAAAGCUGGCAUCAAGGCCGAAGGCAAGAUUGAAGUAAAGAUUUUAACACGUAAAACAGCAGAGGACGCUGGAGACCAGUGGCUAAGUGAAGAGGAUACCAAAUCUUUUAGAGAACUACUCAUAAAUUUAUUGACCGGAGGGACAGAAGAAGUCUACAAGGAGCAGAAGAGACAGCAGGAACUGGAGAACAAUUACAAAUUUGUUUGGGGAGAGAAGCAAGAUGACAGUCAGUCCACUGGAACAAGUGAUUCUGAUGAACUGGAUUUCUAAGACUCUUUUUCAUAUACAUGAACAUUGAACUGUUUGAUUGCUGUACUGCCUUGCUGGGACUGCACUGCACUUGGGAAGUUUAUUUGCCAUCUUAUCUGAAGUCAUAUGAAACCUGAGAGCAUUCAGUCACGUGGGAGUAGCUUGCAUAUUUAAAGCACCUCUGAACAAUUAGAGUUUGGGAUGAAUACACGCAAACAUAUUGGUACCUCAACAGUCAUGGAGGGUGUUACAGUUUCUUUUUAUUGCUGCCUACUCAAUACAAAACUUAAUCCGACAAUAUACAAAUAAACCCCACAGCACAAUUUAGAGGAACAACAAGAGGAAAUGUUCACUGACAGCAAACAUAUUUAUUACCAGCUAUUUCAUUAAGGAAAGUGGGAGGAAAAACUGAUUUGGCAGAUUUCAUACUGCGAUUAGAGAAAUGGGUACAAACGAUGACUUUUGGCACAGCACAGCUUGCUUUUUUACAUUGUCACUCCAGUGAUUACUGCCCAUAUAUAAAUAAACAUGGUUUAAAUGAAUAAACUCACUGCUAAAUAACUUA